CUUUAUGCUAAAGCCGGGUUAGUUGAUCUGCGGACAGGUUUCAUAAAAAUAUGUAUUUAUGCGCAGCAUCAUCAGACGCCAAACAAAACGCUGAGCGUUGUAAGAUGCCAGAUGUAACCUCAGAGAUGUUGUCGCCACAUCCAAAAGGACCGGCGGUCUCUUCAGGCAGCAGUGUUGUUCCAGGGAGUGACAGUGCUGCCAAAUUACCUCAACCAGACAAGAAGCGGAAGGAGACUCGACAGAGCCCAUUCAAAGUGCCAGACAGUCACAGCAUUUCCCUGCCGAGUAAGAAUGAAAGAGUGGACCGAAAAGAGGAGACGCGUCAAUUCCUGGCUUUGCCAAUCGAUAAGAAGACGACCCGCAUUGCUCGAAUGACGACCGAGCUGGGGGAACAAGACGAGAAAAUAAAGGAGAGGAAGAAUCUGAAACAAAUCAAGAGUGGCACAGUUCUCCCCAAGCAGACAUCCAUCGGACAUGAGCUGAUGAAGGCCAUGAGAAAACAAGAAAGCGUUGCCAAAGACCGCAAACAUGACUUGACCUCCCUGGAACGGCAGAGGUCAGUGUUGGAGUUAUCUCUGAUGGAAAAGAGGGCAGAGUUUUCGAGGUUGGACAAGGCCAACAAGAGAAAGGAGAAAGAGGUGGAUCGGCUUGAAAACACCCUUGAGCGAGAGGAGCUCCAGCUCGAGAAGCUCCUCAGGGAGAACGAGAAGAAGUCGGUGGAGGCCAAGAUAUUUUUUGAACGCAAGACCAAGUCCAAACAGAAGAAGGAGGCCGAGAUCAAGAAACUGACUGCUGAAAUAGGGGCCGUUACAAGCGAACGCAUCAAGUUACAGGAAGUCAUGAUAGACUACAAUAAAUACAAGGACCUGCUGUUCGAGCUGUCUCCUCCAGAGUGGCAGGAGGCCCAGAAGGCCAAGGCUCUGAAAGUCCAAUCUGAUGGAGACCCUGAGGACAAGCAGGUCAAGGGGACUGAGGAGUCAGCUAAUAACAACGAUUUGGAGAGCAAGGUCUCCGAUCCAGCUGGAGAGCUGCCUUCCAUUAGAGAAACCAGGCUCGGGGACACACUGAGCACAACCACUAAACUCAAUAGUGACGAUUCAGAAUACGAGGACGAGCCGGAGCUGUUCUUCACUGAUCCCCAGCAGAUACUGGAUCUAAUGACAGACCUGACGGAGAAGAGCUUGUUCCUGAUUCAGAACACCACAACGGUGGAAGAGACUGCGAAAGAGCUUCGGAAGUCCUUGGAGACAACCAAGGCGAGGAUCAAAAAUGAGACAGAGCAGCAGACACUGCAGAUAAGCGACAUGAGACAGAGGAUCGCCGUAGAGAAGACCAGAAGCGACAAGCUCAAGCAGAUGGUUCAGCUCCAUGUGUCGUUGAACACAGAGGACCAGGACGCCAUGUGGGACGCUCUGGGCGAGAAGGUGGGCGAGGUCUACCGCCACUGUGUGGAUGGCCAGAUUACCAACCUCAACACCUUGGAGAAGCUGGCCCACAUUGAGAACUGCAUGGCGCUGCUGCUGCAGGGCCUCGACAACCUCCCCGAGGAAAAAUUGACGAUGAUGAAGAUGAUCAUGGACAGCGAGCAGAGGAGCAGGCAGCGUGAUGAGAAGCUGAGAGAGCAGAUAGAGAAACAGAGGGAAAGGAUGAAGAGGUACUCGGAGAGAUCUCGGGCUGACUCCAGGAAAAUACUUGGUAGAAAGCUCAUGCCCAGAAGCAAGCCUGUUACUCAGAGAGCCAGAGUCAGGAAAGUGGACAACACCCCCACUGAAGAUGAGAAGUAUUCCUACCUCUUCACCUCUGAGGACGCAGAGUAA